GCCCGGCGGCUCCCGGCCGACCAUGCUGCGUUCCACUGGCUUCUUCCGGGCCAUCGACUGCCCGUACUGGGCCGGGGAACCCGGAGGACCCUGCCGCCGGCCCUACUGUCACUUCCGGCACCGCGGAGCCCGGGGCCUCGGGGCGCCCGGGGGCGGAGCGGCGUCCCCGGCAGCAGGGCUGUGUUAUGACCCCUGCAACCCCGAGCUGCCCAAGCCCCCCACCCACCGGGAGAAUGGCUCCCUGGGCCGGGAGGCCGAGCCCCAUGUGGACAUGCUGGAGCUGGAGCUGGUCAACAAGGCCAUCGAGGCCGUGCGCAGUGAGGUGGAGCUGCUUGAGACGGCGCGGGAGCUCGGCUCAGACGAGGCCUCGGCCCUGGCGCCCCGGGACCCCGAUGCCAGCCCCACCUCCCCUCUGGACGAAGAUGCCUUCCAGCUGGCCUUUGACUACAACCCCGGCGGCUGCGGCUACCAGCCCACCCCGCUGGCCGCCCCCUCAGAGCCGGACAGCAAGUACUCGCUGGCAGCGCUGGAGCAGGGCCAAGGCAGGGCUGGAAGGGGCAAUGGUGCCCUGGAAUACGUGCCCAAGGCCGUGAGCCAGCCCCGGCGCUACAGCCGCACCACCUCAAGCAGCAAGUACGUCCUGGACGACUCCAAGCCGUCCACAGACCUGGAGUACGACCCCCUGUCCAACUACUCGGCCCGGCACCUGAGCAGGUCGAACAAGCGACCCCGUGGCUCCCGCACCAGCGAGGCCUAUAGCCCGGCACUCAAGAGACCCUGCGAGCCCUUAGGUGCAUGCGAGGCCCGCUUCUCUGACUCCGACGACGAUGCUAGCCCAGCCCCUGCCAGCCCCCACAAGGCCGGGGCGGAGAGCAAGCCCCCUGGGAAGGAGGCCUCCAAGGAGGGCUCAGCUGUGGAGGGCAGCGCCCCGCGGGAGACCAAAGAGAUGGCUGUGCAGUAUGACGUGGAGGACCUUGGCCAUCCGCCCGGGAAGUCUGGCUCCCCUGCCAGGACCCCACAGGACCGGGGCAGCCCCAAGGAAGGGAAGCCCAAGAAGAAGAGGAGUGGGGUCCCCGCAGCCUCAGGCUCCAAGGACAGCACUCGCAAGAAAGACAAAAUGAAGGACAGGGACCGAGGGGGGUCCAGGGAGGGGCUCGGCCCCGAGAAGAAGGGCCAGCCGGCCAGCAGCCCCCGGCCCAGGGCCGAGCGGCCGGAAAUGACCAAGAAAAAGCCAUCCUCGGCCGGCCCGGCGGCCAGUUCAGGGAAGGGGGGCAGGCCCGACCGGCCCGGGCACCAGCUGAGCCCCACCAGCAGCCCCCGCAUGCUGCUGGAGAGCAAGGGUGGUGCCAAGACCUCGUCUGGGAAGCUGGCAGGGCGCAAAGCCCGCUCACUGGAUGAGGGCACUUCCCGGGAUGCCCCCAAGCUGAAGAAACGCGCCCUGAGCCACGCUGACCUCUUUGGGGACGAGAGCGGGGAUGAGGACCCGGGCCCAGGACCCGGGGCAACACGGGGCUGGCCCCCGGCCCUCCCCAACCUCAGCUCCGACUCCGACUCGGACUCAGACUCCUCCAGCCCUGGCCACUCCCCGCCCAAGCGCCUCAAGGCCUCUCCCCCGCCACCCACCCCAGCCUCCCCCUCGUCGUCCUCCUCCUCCUCCUCCUCCGAGGACCUGGACUACUCUGCCCUGGAGAAGGAGGUGGCCUUUGACUCGGACCCCAUGGAAGAGUGUCUGCGCAUCUUCAACGAGCCCACUCCCGAGGGCAAGGGCCGCUUGGCCCCUCAGCCCCCCAAGGAAGACAAGAGCCAGGAGAAAGGCCGCAUGGACCCCCCAGCACUGCUCCCCGGGCAGAGGAGGAGGAUUGCCCAUCUUGCCAAGCAAGGCAAGGAGGGGGAGCCCCUGAGGAGAGGCCCCAUGGCGGGGCUCCCGGCCCGGCCCCCCACCGCCCAGGAGGUGUGCUACCGACGGGCUCAGCAGGCGCAAAAGGAGUCUGCUAGCCUGCUGCAGGCCGCGCCCCGGCUGCCGGAGAAGCCCUCGUCCGUCCAUAUCUCCGCCCCUGGCGAGAAGAGGAGGAUUGCCCACGUCCCCAACCCCCGACUGGCUACAGCCCCCGCAGGCGCCAAGAGGACGACCCCCACGGCCAGCAGCAACAGCCAGGCGCCCCCUGGCCCCGAGCCCGGUCGGCAGCCACUAAAGACACGCACGCUGGCAGGCAUGGCGUCCAAGACCACGACCCCCACGGUCCCCAAGCGGGUGGCUCACAGCCCAUCUCUGCAGAGCCUCAAGAAACCCAUUAUCCCAAAAGAGUUUGGAGGCAAGGUCCCCACAGCCAUCCGCCAGCGCUAUCUCAACAUGUUCCUGGAGGAGUGCCUCAAGUCUUGCUCUUCCAGCGAGGAGGCCGUGGAGAAGGCCCUGAGCGAAGAGAAGGUGGCAUAUGACCGCAGCCCCAGCAAGAACAUCUACCUGAACGUCGCCGUGAACACACUCAAGAAGCUGCGGGGCCUGGUGCCCAACGCCGUGCCCAGCCUCAGCAAGCCCACUGGCCGGAAGGUCGUGUCCCAUGAGAUGGUGCUGGGGGGCAGGUUGGCUGCCAAGACCAGCUUCUCGCUCAACCGUCCCAGCAGCCCCCGCGUGGAAGAUCUGAAAGGUGCCGCCCUGUACAGCCGCCUCCGAGAAUACCUGCUGACCGAGGAGCAGCUCAAAGAGAAUGGCUACCCCUUCCCGCACCCGGACCGGCCCGGUGGCGCCGUCAUCUUCACGGCCGAGGAGAAGCGACCCAAGGAUCCUUCCUGCAGGAUCUGCUGCCGCUGUGGCGCCGAGUACCUCGUGUCUUCCUCCGGCCGCUGCAUCCGCGACGAGGAAUGCAAUUACCACUGGGGCCGGCUGCGCCGGAACCGAGUGGCUGGCGGCUGGGAGACUCAGUACAUGUGCUGCUCCACGGCCAUCGGCUCCAUGGGCUGCCAGGUGGCCAAGCAACACGUGCAGGACGGCCGGAAGGACUGCCUGGAGGGCUUUGUGAAAACCUUCGAGAAGGAGGUCUCCGGAGACGCUCACGCAGGCAUCUUCGCCCUCGACUGUGAGAUGUCCUAUACCACCUUCGGCCUGGAGCUGACCCGCGUCACAGUGGUGGACACCGACAUGCAGGUGGUCUACGACACCUUCGUCAAGCCCGACAAUGAGAUUGUGGACUACAACACCCGGUUUUCCGGGGUGACCGAGGCCGACCUGGCGAAUGUAAGCAUCACGCUGAGGGACGUGCAGGCCGUCCUGCUGAGCAUGUUCAGUGCCGACACCAUCCUCAUCGGACACAGCCUCCAGAGCGACCUGCUGGCUCUCAAGGUCAUCCACCGCACCGUGGUGGACACGUCUGUGCUGUUCCCGCACCGCCUGGGCCUGCCGUACAAGCGCUCCCUGCGCAAUCUGAUGGCCGACUGCCUCAGGCAGAUCAUCCAGGACAACGUGGACGGGCACAGCUCGAGCGAGGACGCCAGCGCCUGCAUGCACCUGCUCAUCUGGAAGAUCCGAGAGGACGCCAAGACCAAGCGAUGACCCCCGCCCGCCGCCCGCCUCUCCUGCCGCCCCGGCCCGUCCUCCACCCCCGGCCUCUUCCAAAACAGUGCAAUAAAUGUCGAGACCUAACCCAGUGCACCUCGCCAGGACGAGCCAGGGCCGGCCGGCCAGGAGAGUGCACGGCAGCCCAGCCCCCACCCGCUCCCUGCCCCCCCCCAGGCCCCCCGCCCGUCUGCAGACUGCUGCUGCCAGACCCCCCGGCACCCUCGGGACCCUCGCCCCCUGCGCCUCGAGCCCUGGCCGGGUGCAGGGGCCGCUGCUGGGCUGGGGCCUCUGUUGUGUUUUGUACGGUUAUUUUUAUUAUUCUUUAUUUAAACCUGUUGACUUGCACCGUCUUCCCUUCCCCACCCAGAGGAGCCGCCUUCGCCACGGGGCUGGGGCGGCCAAGCCCAACUCCAGGCAGGGGGGCAGCGGUGGCCGGAGACCCCCCGACCCCCGACACACACACGUGCACACACUCCGCCAUCCGGGCCUCUGUGAGCUCGGGCCGCCCGCCCGACUGUCUUCCCGCUGGCACCCCGGCCUCCCCAUCUGGGGCCCUCCCCCACCCCCACCCCUCCACCCCGGGCAGGGACAGAAUAAACACGUUUGUAUGGAUUUUAA